AUGGCUGCUGCGGCGGGGGCAGCUGUGGCAGCGGCGACGGCGGGACAGGACGAAGGCCCCCUGCUGCCCGGGGCCUCCAUCGGGCGACGAGCCGUCUGCUCCCGACCCUACUUCGUGGUGCUGAUGGUUUUCGCGCAUCUCUACGUGCUCAACGUCCUGGGCUUGCUGCUCUUCGUGCAUAUCAGCUCCGAUGACGGUGGAGAGCCGGAGCCGGGCAAAGAGGCUCCUGGCCCUUCUCAGGAUCCGCCCGCGUUACCCUUUUCUCUGGGCAGCUCGAACCCUCACGCCCUACCCCGCCUCGAGGGUAUCAAGGUGGGCCAUAAACAGAAAGUGGAGCUGGUUCCUAACAAAAUCCAUUUCAUGAAAACUCUCAGCUUGAAACCACUUCUUUUUGAAAUUCCAGACUUCCUAAAUGAGGAUGAAUGUAAGUUAAUUAUCCACUUGGCUCAGCUGAAAGGGCUACAGAAAAGCCAAAUUCUGCCCACAGAAGACUAUGAGGAAGCUAUGGAAAUGAUAGACAUCAGCCAGAUGGACAUCUUUAAUCUACUAGACCAUAACCAGGAUGGACAGCUGCAGCUCAAGGAGGUGCUGACACAUACCCGUCUAGGAAAUGGCAGGUGGAUGACGCCUGAGAGCAUCCGGGAGAUGUACACUGCAGUGAAAGCAGACCCAGAUGGCAAUGGCGUGCUGAGCUUGGAGGAGUUUAAGCAACUGAACAUCCGGGACUUCCACAAGUAUAUGGGGAGCCAAAAAGUGAAGAUGAGUGAUCUGGUGCGGAACAGCCAGCACACUUGGCUGUAUCAAGGCGAGGGGGCACAUCAAAUCAUGCGCUCCAUACAGCAAAGGGUGAUUCAUUUAACCCGUCUGCCCCCAGAGAUUGUGGAGCACAGUGAACCCCUGCAGGUGGUGCGAUAUGACCAGGGUGGGCACUACCAUGCCCACAUGGACAGUGGGCCAGUGUUCCCAGAGACAGCAUGCAGUCACACCAAACUGAUCUCCAAUGAAACUGCUCCGUUUGAGACCUCAUGCCGCUAUGUGACAGUACUCUUCUACCUGAAUAAUGUGACAGGAGGCGGAGAGACCACUUUUCCUAUUGCUGACAACAGGACCUAUGAAGAGUUGUCUCUAAUCCAGAAUGAUGUUGACCUACGUGACACUCGUAAACACUGUGAUAAGGGAAACUUACGUGUAAAACCCCUGCAAGGCACUGCUGUCUUCUGGUACAAUUACCUCUCAGAUGGGGAAGGUUGGGUUGGCGACCUAGAUGAAUAUUCCUUGCAUGGAGGCUGCUUAGUCACUGAAGGAACCAAGUGGAUUGCCAACAACUGGAUCAAUGUUGAUCCUAACAAGAAGCGACAGCUCCAGUUCCAAGAGGAGAUGGCUCGAUAUACAAACAAUGAGGAUGAGGACCAAAGCGAGUGGACUGUGGAUAAAUCCUACAGCAACGUACACGUAGAACUGUAGUGCUUGGAGGUGCUUCUUCGUUGACUUGGAAGAAACCUUUUUUGCACUUGCCAGUUUCAACCCUUGUAAUUUCCCACCUUUCUCCAUCCCCACAUAUCUCCGCAGAGAAUACUAGCUGUGUUCCAGCCUUGCAUUUCUGACUAGACUAGAGGAAGCAGAGACUGGAUGGGUGCAUGGUUCAGUGGUUCAUAAAUGCAGUCUGAGGGAGAUGGUAAUUGGAUACAGCAGGAGAAAUGGCGGUAGCUUGCUCUUUAGGCUACGGUUCAUGCUUGUAUCUUUUUUUAAUGGCUGGCUUUGCUGCAGGAAGUUCUGGAUCUCUGAGUGUGCCCUCCCCAUGGCCUGUGCAGUCAGCCUUCAGGAUUUUACCUCUUCUUCAUCCUGAGCCAUUUGUUGUAUUGGAAUGCCAUUCUGUUUCUUCUCCUCUAGCUGGCUUUGCAGCUGCAUUCCUGACACCAGCCUUUCUCUUGUGCUAUCACAAGAUCUCCACUCUCUGUGAGCAAGUGAGCUUGGGCCAUGCGAGUUGAUCAUUUACAGGACCAGAUGGCAGUAAGAUCCCACAUCAGUCAAACUGAUCUCUGAAAAUGUUCUUCUGCUCAUUCUAAGUUGCUCUUAUGGAGUGUAGCUGUUGCUCCUCGCCCUGUACGCCCAGGUCACCAUUUUACAGUGCACUCAUAUAUAUGUCUACUCAGAUGUAAGCCUCAUCGGGUUCAAUGGGGCUUAUUCCCAGGUAAGUGUGUAGAGGAUUGCAGGCUUAUGUACAUAGUGAUAUAAGAGGGCCCUUGAGCAACUGUGUGUUAAGGAAGAUGCAGGGGCUGCAGGUACUGGAAUCGUCCCAGGUGAUUCUAAUGCUCAUCAUGGAGAAGUCUUCUCAGGGGUCGGACAUGGUUCUGAAUAAGGACAUGGUUCUGAAAUAUUUAUUGUGUUGACUAUCAGGGAAUAAAAGGGAAGUGUUCAAGUGUGCAAUAGCAGCUGGUGUGCUGUACUUGUCGAGAUUUUCACUUUAGUAACUUUUGUGUGCUUAGUUUAAGCUUGAGUAUUUUUGCCGAAGAAAUCUUCCACUCCAUUUAGUUUUUGGUUUGGGUCAGCAGCAUACUUGGCCCUCCUCCUCCUCCUCCUUGCAGAUAGACAGCUACAGUAUAUGCAGAUUGGAAGCAGCGGAGUCCCUCAGUCAUGAACAUCAGAACAGCCCUGCUGGAUCAAACCAAAGGUCCAUCUAGGCCAGCAUCCUUUCCUGCAGGGACUAGCCAGUUGCCGCUUUGAAGCCAUGUACAUGAGGGCCAUAGCCCUCUUCUCAGCAACAGGCAUUCAGUGGCAUAUUUUCUCUGAAAAUGGAGAUUCCAUAUAGCCAUCAGGGCUGGUAGCCAUGGAUAGACCAGUCCUCCCUGAAUUUGCCUAAUCCCCUUUUAAGUUCAUCUAAAAUAGUGGUCAUGUUAGACCACAUCUUAUGGCUGUGAAUUCCAUAAAUUAAUUGUAAAUUGUGUUUUGAUGUACUUUCUUCAGCCCAUCCUGAAUCUUCUCUACACUGUGUGUAAUUUUAUAUACCUCUAUGGCACUUCCCACCUUUCUUCGAAAUUAAAAAUCCCCAACAAUAUAGUAUUUUCUCAUAGGGAAGGUAUUGCAGCCUAUUUUGGUUGUUGUUUUUCUGCAUCUUUUCCAGCUCUACAAUAUCAUUUUUGAGAUGAGGCUAACCAAAGGUUUUCCCCUAUAUCUGUACCUAAAACACAAGG